UUAACUCCCCCCUCACUUAUUAAUACUUAUCGCUGAAAACGCUCAGCGCAAGAAGCGUAUUCUGUUUCGUUUUGAGACCAAGAUGCCCUAGUCUCUUCACCUGCGUUCCACUGCCAGCAUCGAUUCUUCCUCAAGAGAGGCCUAUCUCUCCAGCAACCAAGUGACAUGCAAACACCCGGGGUGAAAGCAAAAUGUUUGCUUAUUGGUACUGAAGUGUUCGAAUGAGAAAGGCUGACGCAGCAAUACAGAAUACUUGGAUUAUUUGUUAUGGCUCAGCAAUCGUCUCUUCUUCAUCGUCUGCUAACUCUGUUGGACACUGGUUCUACCCAAGUAACAAGAUUUACAGCAGCUCAGCAGAUAGGGGACAUUGCAAAAUCACACCCACAGGAACUGAAUUCUCUGUUGAGUAAGGUUGCACCGUAUCUCCGUAGUAAAAACUGGGAUACUAGGGUUGCAGCAGCUCAUGCCAUUGGUGCUAUUGCAGCGAAUGUUAAGCAUACAUCUUUGGUUGAACUAUGUAGUUGUGUUGAGAUGAAAAUGUCUCAGGCUGGGAUUCCCGGUGUUGCCGCUGAUGUGGUGGCAUGCCCUAGAUGUGAACCUAAACUUUUGGCAGGCAUUUCGUUUAGAAGCUUUGAUCUUAACAAGGUUUUGGAGUUUGGUGCUCUAUUGGCCUCUGGGGGACAGGAGUAUGAUAUAGCAAGUGAUAACAUGAAGAACCCAAAGGAGCGAUUGGCUCGCCAAAAGCAAAGCCUUCGUCGCCGAUUGGGUUUGGAGUUGUGUGAGCAGUUCAUGGAUGUCAAUGACAUGAUAAGAGAUGAAGACCUUACUGUCCACAAAUUUGAUUCCCAUGCGAAUGGAGUAGCGAAACAAUUCUAUGCACAGCAUUCUUUACACAAUGUACAUCAUCUAGUCUCAAACCUGAUACCAAGUUACAAAUCUAGACGACCUAGUGCCAGAGAAUUGAAUCUUUUGAAAAGGAAAGCGAAAGUAAGUUUGAAAGACCAGACAAGGUCUAAGGAUGGAGAUAUAGAGGUAACAUACUCGCAGGAUUUGGCAUCCCCAAAGGGCAUUUGUCCAGAUUCAUCAAGCUGUAACAAGUUGUUUUCGGAACCUAUUCUUGAUGAAGACAGCUUUGAGAAUGAUGGGGAAGGAGGUUGGCCUUUCCAUAACUUUUUUGAACAACUCAUCAUUGAUUUGUUUGACCCAGUGUGGGAGAUUCGCCAUGGUAGUGGCAUGGCUCUAAGAGAAGUUCUAACCCAUCAGGGUGCUUGUGCGGGAGUUGUUACGCCUGACCCAAGCUCUGAUGGUCCGUUAUAUUCUGACACAAAAGAUAAACGUUUUGGGACAACAAUGAAGAGAGAGAGAGGGAUGGAUUUGAACGUGAAAGGGCCUGAAGAUGAGACUGAGCCUAACCUGAAGAGGCCAAAGGCUGAAGAUUCAUUUUCUCCAUUGAUUGAUACGAUGAUCUCUGGCAGCAGUAAUGGUUACUUUGAUGCCUGUGAAAAGGUUGAAGGUAGCGGGGAAAUUUUGUUUCCUGCACCAGCUAAUGGCGAUUUAACUGCUGUUAAGAUAGAGACUCAAUCUUGCAUUGAAGGUCAUAAAGAUCUGGAUUUGGCGGAGGCAAAGGGUUCUUGUGAAAAUAAUUGUUCUAUGAGAAAGAUGGACAUACUGAAAAAUCUUCCUGAGGAUUCUGAGCUGUUGAAUUUGGUUAAACUUGCUAGGCAUUCAUGGCUUAAGAAUUGGGCAUUUAUUCAAGACUCUGUGAUUCGUUUCUUGUGCUUGCUGUCCCUAGACCGUUUUGGAGACUAUGUCUCUGAUCAGGUUGUUGCCCCAGUACGGGAAACUUGUGCACAAGCACUGGGUGCUGUGCUGAAGUACAUGCAUCCAACAUUAGUCCAUGAGACGUUGAACAUGUUGCUUCAAAUGCAGUGUAGACCAGAGUGGGAAAUUCGACAUGGGAGUCUUUUGGGUAUCAAAUAUUUGGUUGCUGUGCGACAGGAGAUGCUUAAUGAUUUGCUUGGCCAAGUUCUCCCUGCAUGCAAAGCUGGACUUGAAGAUCCCGAUGAUGAUGUAAGAGCAGUUGCUGCAGAGGCCUUGUUACCUUCUGCUGCUGCUAUUGUUUCUCAAAAUGGUCCAACAUUGCACUCAGUUGUCAUGCUACUGUGGGAUAUCUUGCUUGACCUGGAUGAUUUAAGUCCAUCAACUAGCAGUGUAAUGAAUUUGUUGGCAGAAAUCUAUUCUCGGGAAGAGAUGAUUCCUAUGAUGUCUGGGGCAGUGACAUCCAAAGGAAAACAGGAAUUCGAUCUAAAUGAGAUGGUUGGUCUGGAUGACCCUUUUGAAGGAACAGUCCGGUAUGAAAAUCCGUAUGUGUUAUCAACAUUGGCACCCCGUUUGUGGCCAUUUAUGAGGCAUAGUAUAACAUCAGUCCGCUAUUCAGCUAUCCGCACUUUGGAACGGCUACUUGAAGCUGGAAUUAAAAGCAACAUGUCUGAGUGCCCUUCUACCUCCCUUUGGUCUUCUUUUAUUUUGGGCGACACACUUCGGAUUGUUUUCCAGAACUUGCUUCUGGAAUCAAAUGAGGAAAUAUUGUAUUGUUCGGAGAGGGUUUGGAGGCUGCUUCUGCAGUGUUCAGUUGAAGACUUAGAAGCUGCUGCAAAGUUGUAUUUUUCUUCUUGGUUAGAGCUGGCAACUACUCCAUAUGGUUCACCCCUGGAUGCAACAAAAAUGUUUUGGCCUGCAGCUCUUCCUCGGAAAAGUCAUUUCAAAGCAGCAGCUAAGAUGAGAGCCUUGAAGCUUGAGAGUGAUUCUUGCGUAAAUGCAACCUCAGAUUCUGCAAAAGCUACUAAUAUUCCACAGGAGAGAAUUGGUGAUCCUUCUUCUAAUCCUAGCAAGAUAAUUGUUGGUGCUGAUGUGGAAAUGUCAGUGGCACGUACACGAGUAGUUACUGCAUCAGCACUGGGAAUUUUAGCUUCUAAGUUGCAGGAGGGCUGUAUGCAAUAUGUAGUUGAUUCAUUGUGGACAGCCCUUGCCUCUCUAUCUGGAGUUCAGCGGCAGGUAGCUGCCAUGGUUCUUAUUUCUUGGUUCAAAGAGAUUAAAAGCAGGGAUCUUUAUGGAGUCAAUGGUUUCAUCCCUGAGUUUUCCAACAAUUUUAAGAACUAUUUGCUGGAUUUAUUAGGAUGCUCUGAUCCAGCAUUCCCUACAAAAGAUUCACUUCUUCCUUAUGCCGAACUUUCAAGGACGUAUUGCAAGAUGCGCAAUGAAGCUGGUCAAUUAGUUCGUGCUGUUGAGUCAUCUGCAUUGCUGAAUAAUAAGGGGCAAACAACUAAAAUGGAUCCAGAAAGCUUGAGUGUGGAUGAUGCAGUGAGUUUUGCAUCAAGUCUUGCAUUGGUAAAUGAUACUAAUGGUGUGGAACCUGUGGGACAGAGCACUGUUGAUGAACUAGAAUUGCUGAGACAAAGGCUUUUAUCGACUGCAGGCUAUUUGAAAUGUGUUCAGAGCAAUUUGCAUGUUACGGUUUCUUCUUUAGUUGCUGCUGCAGUUAUUUGGAUGUCAGAGCUUCCUGCAAAGCUCAAUCCAAUUAUAUUGCCUGUUAUGGCUUCUAUUAAAAGAGAGCAGGAGGAACUCCUACAAAAAAAGGCAGCUGAGGCCCUUGCAGAGCUUAUUUCGGACUGUAUUGCACGAAAGCCUAGUCCGAAUGACAAGCUAGUUAAGAAUAUUUGUAGCUUGACAUGCAUGGAUCCUUGUGAGACUCCACAAGCUGCAGCCUUAGGUUCUGUAGAUUUUAUCGAAGAUCAAGAUCUCAUUUCUUUUGGGACCAGUACGAGUACCAGUAAGCAGAAGUCAAAGGUUCAUACGCUAGCUUCUGGUGAGGACCGGUCAAGGGCGGAGGGUUAUAUUAGCAGACGAGGUUCUGAACUUGCCCUAAAGCAUUUGUGCGAGAAGUUUGGUGCUUCAUUGUUUGAGAAGAUUCCGAAGCUGUGGGAUUGUCUUACUGAAGUCCUUAAACCUGGUACUCCUGUCGGGUUGGCCUUGUCAGAUCCAAAUCAUACCUCGCUAGUCAUCGAACCCCUUAAGGAUCCUCAGACCUUGAUAAACAAUAUCCAGGUAAUACGUUCUAUUGCACCUAUGUUGGAUGAGACAUUGAGGCCAAAACUGCUCACCCUUCUCCCUUGCAUUUUCAAAUGUAUUAGUCAUUCCCAUGUUGCUGUUAGGCUGGCUGCUUCUAGAUGUAUAACAUCGAUGGCCAAGUCAAUGACAAUCAAUGUGAUGGCUGCUGUGAUUGAAAAUGUCAUUCCUAUGUUAGGUGAUAUGACAUCAAUAUAUACCAGACAAGGAGCUGGCAUGCUCGUCAGUCUGCUUGUUCAGGGCUUGGGUGUGGAACUGGUCCCUUAUGCUCCUUUGUUAGUUGUUCCACUUUUGAGGUGUAUGAGUGAUUGCGAUCAUUUAGUCAGACAAAGUGUGACACAUAGUUUUGCCGCCCUCGUACCUCUUCUUCCAUUAGCCAGGGGCUUAUCUCCGCCCACAGAACUGAGUGAAGGUUUGUCUAGAAGUAAAGAAGAUGCACAAUUUCUGGAGCAACUAGUUGACAACUCCCAUAUUGAAGAUUACAAGCUCUCCACUGAGUUAAAAGUGACACUAAGAAGGUACCAACAGGAAGGUAUAAAUUGGUUGGCUUUUUUGAGGCGUUUUAACCUUCAUGGAGUUUUAUGUGAUGAUAUGGGCCUUGGUAAAACACUUCAAGCAUCGGCAAUUCUGGCAUCAGACGUAGCAGAGCACCGUGCUGCAAAUGAUGGAAGGGAUCCUCCACCAUCCCUUAUUAUUUGCCCAUCGACACUAGUUGGUCAUUGGGUCUAUGAGAUAGAGAAGUUCAUCGAUGCCUCUGUAAUAACAACACUUCGAUAUGUUGGUUCUGCUCAAGAUCGAAUUUUACUUCGAAGUCAAUUUGAUGGAAAGAAUAUAAUUAUUACUUCAUAUGAUGUGGUCCGUAAAGAUGUUGAUUA